GCGAGAUUUCUAAAGGCAAUCCAGUCGAGUUCCUGACAGGAAGAUCUUCACCAGUUCCUACUUCAUCCAGGAAAAGCCAACGUUCGAAGGCGCAAAGCUUUGUCAGCAGUAACAUUAAAGGUGAUUUGCAUCAGCCCCCUCCCCACCACCACCACCACCACCACCACAACCGCCACCAACAGCAACUGUAUCAGGAGGAGCAACAGCUGUCGUACCAAACAGCAGCAGCAGCAGUAGCAGCAGUUGUAAUAUAAAAGAAACUCGAGUUUCCAACGAAAACUCUAACAGAACAAGAACGAGAACAAGAAAUAUAGCACGGCAACAGGUGUGGAGAGACGACAUUGAGAGUAAAACUGUGGCAGACGACCAUUUCAGGAGAGAAUUUUGAAAGAGUAAAAACCAACAGAGGAAAAUGGUGUUGAUUAAGAGUUAUGUUUAUUGUGUAGUUCUUCUCACCAUUUCACUGGCAGUGCCCACAACUCCGGCAUCAUUGUUUGACGGCAUAAUGCCAAGAUUUCCAUCAAUGGAUUCCAUUUUUAACGGGAUACGAAACUACUUUCGAGCUGGAACUCGUGCAAACUUCGUCCAAAUCGAUAACAGUACCUACGUUUGGAGACUUCAGAUGAACUUAACUGGGUAUAAUAUCUCAAGUUUAAACGCAACCCGCCAAGGGCAAUAUUUUCAACUCACUGGCCAGAAAAAAAGGAGUUUUAAUAAAACCACAUCAGUAAGUAUUGGUGAAUUACUUCCAAAAUCGGUCAACGUGGAAAAGAUGACUGUAACUAUCAGAAAGAAAAUGCUGAUAGCCGAGGCCCCUGUUGAAAAAUCUAAAGUCGAAAUAAUCCCAAUCAAAGGUAAACCCCUUGCGAACACAGCUCUGCAAUACACAAACUGAUAUAACAUCGACAAAGGAUCAGUAAUAUCCAUUAGGUUUGUCUCCAAGUGAACUAAAACUUUAUAAAAUUAUCUUUCACUUGUAUGUAAAAUUCUAAUCUUAAAAUUUCUAUGCCAAAGUUAUCGUAAUUAUUACCUGUAUGAAAUUGGAGAAUAAAACAGUAUCUUUCGAAA